UGGAAGUCGUUUAGACGAUAAUCGCUGGGCGUUCACUAUAAAAAGAACUAAAGAUCGAAUUUUUAAUAUCAGUGUGAACGAAAACAAGUGUCGUCACCAUGAAGAAGUACAUUUUUGUAGCUUUUGCUCUUUUUGCAGUUAUCGGGGGCGUGAAAAGCGACUCCAGCGAGGAAGUCCUGGAAGAAAUCAAGUCCAAACACCUCAAAAAGUACCUGUCGUCACACAAAGAAAAUAUUGAUGAAGGUUUCCAGAAACUGGAAGAACAUUGUCCUGGUGUUACCGAAAAAUUAAAACAAGCCGUUAAAUCCUUCAAAGAGUGCGACGACAAAGCCGACGAUUCCUUGACCAUUUGCCACGCCAUCCAAAGUUACACCUUGAACUGCACCGCCCCCGUGAUCCAAGUAAUCGACGACUGCCUGCCCCCAAGAGCCAAAGGACUACCCAAAUUUGGUCUCGAAAGUAUCGUUUCAGUAGCCGACUUUUUGUGCAAACAAACCGGCGAAUCCAUUUUUGAACUGGCAAAUCCGUGCCUGUGGGAAGACGUCGAGGACGAACAAGAAGACCAGUGUAUCGAAAACUUGAAAGAGCUUUCUGGAAAGUUCGGAGAAAAAGACGAUAUUCCUAGCAAAAUCGAGAUUUGUAGCGCCACACCUACUCUAAGAGGUUGUAUCCAAACACGUGCCACAACUCACUGUAAAAACCAGAAGACCAGAAAUGCCAUCCUCGGGUUCUUUGAUGCCGUAGUGGCUCCUUGUAAGCAGGUCCCGCUGGAAACUUUGACUUCCGCCACGAAAAUUUUCACUUCUCCGAAGAAAAGUUUGGGUUCCAUCACGGACAAUUUCCUCUAAAUGUCGUCUGUGGUUAUUUACUUAAUGUUUUGACAAUAAAAGUUUUAUCA